GCGGCAUUAAAAAUAGAGGAAAUUCUGUAAAGCUAAUUGAAAACUUUGACGAAAUGGUUAAACCUUUGCUAUUUAAUUAUGAAAAUCAAAUUUUAGGCAAUAAUAUUCAAAAAAAAACAACUUCUAUUAAUUUGCAAGUUAAUCCUUUAAACUACUUUAACAAAUUAAUUGGCAGUUUUCCUCCAAACUCAGUUCCUGAUCCAAAUUUUUUUAAAAUCAAUUCAAAUUAUCAAUUUGAAUUAGAUAAAUCCUCAUUUUUUUAUCAACCAAAAAAAAUUGUAGAAGAAUAUGAAUCAAAGGAUAUUUCUAAAUUACCUGACAACGAGCUAUUGCAUUAUCAAUCUCUAAAGUAUUCUUUAUCUUUUCUACCCUCAAAACUAUUAAAAUAUUUCCACGAGGUUCCAAUAAUCAAAAAUUCAGUUAGUGCUAAAAAUCCCGGUGGUCACUAUGAUUGGAGAUUUUUCAAUGGCGUAAUUAAGUCUGAGUAUGAAAUCCGAAUAAUUCUACAUCAUAUGUUAAGAUCCUGGCUUAAAUUUACAUAUUCAAACAAUUUAGUAGCUUGGAUAGCCCAUGGUUCUCUAUUAUCAUGGUAUUGGAACGGUUACAGUUUUAAUUGGGAUAACGAUAUUGAUGUUCAAAUGCCAAUAACUGAAUUGGAUAAACUAGCGAAAUAUUAUAACAAUUCAUUGAUUAUUGAGAAUUUGAACGAUGGAUUUGGAAAAUACUAUAUUGAUUGUGGUUCUUUUAUAACCCAUAGAAGAAAAGGCAAUGGUAAAAAUAAUAUUGACUCAAGAAUCAUUGAUAUUGACACCGGUAUGUACGUUGAUAUAACUGGUUUGGCUUUAACAAGCUCAAGAUUACCCAUCAAAUAUAGAAAGUAUCUUUCUGAUACCGAAAAUUAUGAUUUCUUGGGUAAUCCGGAUAAAAAAGUCAAAGGAUUGACAUCCAUUGCCCAAAGAUUCGAAAUUAAUAAUAACUUGCAAAUUUAUAAUUGUCGAAACAAUCAUUUUGUUUUAUUUUCAAGCAUUUCUCCAAUGAAAAUUUCCUUGGUUGAAGGAACAAAAGGUUUUAUUCCAAACGAUUACAAAUCAAUAUUGUUAAAUGAAUAUAAAAGUAAUUCAUUAACAUUAACAAAAUUUAAUAGACAUUAUUUCAUCUCAAAAUUAAGAAUGUGGGUUCCAAUUAUGUCCAUAAAAAAAUUCUUAACUCAUCAACAUUCCCAAUUAAUAAAAGCAGGUAAAAAGUUCGAGAAAAAAAACUUCACAAAACAAUUGGAGGAUCUAAGCAAUAGCGAUGAUUUGAUUUUAGAAUUAUUGCUAUUUGAUGAAGAAAUCUUAAAAGAGUUUUAUUUGACUCAUGAUAUAACCAGAAUACAUUUUGCUGAAAGGCAAUCGUUAGAUAAAUCAAAAUCAAAUAAAAAAGUUAUUGAUAAGAUUGAAUUCAAACCUUAUUUGAAAGAUUUAUUUUUUUAUAGACAUGAUAAAAUAAAAGAACUUGAGGAACAAGGGAAAAAAUAUGACUAUAAUGAAAAAUUUAUUCAUCCAAUUGAAAAUAUUGCUCAAUCAAUUUCUAUGAAAACAAACCAUGACUUGGAUGGGUUUUAUAAUAGAAUUUCUGUCGAAAACGAAUAUCCUAAUGAUUCUCAGGAAAAUUUAAAUAAUUUAGAAAAUGCAGAUAGUUCUGAGGUUGCAAGCGAAAUGGAUAGUGAUAUUAAUAAAGAAAAAGAUGUUAUCGAUAUUAGUAAGAAAGAAUCGUCAGAUUCUAUCGAGGAAAAAAUUUCUGUAGACGAAGCAAAUGAUAAAUUAAAAAGCCAUUCAGAUUACAUUUCUCCAAAAAUAGAUUCAAAACUUCCUAAGUUGCCUGAGGUCAAACAGCAGAGUGAAAACCAAGCUGUUGACUUCCAUAACAGGAGACCUCCUCCAAAGGAUGAUUUUAGAGCUAAAGAUUAUGAUGAAGAUUAUUGAAAACCCUAUUUUAUUGUGGUUUUUGUUUUAAUACCUACAAUUUUUAUUAUUGUUUUUUAUUGAGCUUUUAAAUUGCAUUUUAUAUAAUUAUCUGGUUUUUAUUAGUAUAAAUUCAUUUUGUGUUUCAAAUAACAUUUACUUAAUUUUUUGGAAAGGAUUACAACUAUUGCUUAUUGCUCAUUGUUUAAUAAAUAUUUAAUAGAA